CCUCUGACUUGGUUGGAUACGAUGUCCUAACCAGGCUGAUGCCACAUCUAGCAAGUCGCUUUCUGAGCUCCGGGUGCAUCUUGCCUCUGAUAGGUUCGGCCAUUCCCAGGCUAUCAAUGCCCACCUGCCCAACUCUUACGUACGUCUAUCAACCACGACUCUCACAAACGGGCCACCCUUUUCCCUUUUUUUGUGUGUGCAAAGCUCACAAUGUUUGUUCUCCCUGGUUAGAGAGUGAUCCACAAAGAUGCUUGCCAGCGCACGUACGCACUCGAGGAGAAACAUCUUUUGUUUUGCCAGCUAAUUUUUAAGACCUGGGCUUGCCUUGUAGGCGGAUCCGGCGUUUGUCCAGCCAUCAUACAUAGUAGUUACUCGCAUCUCUCAUCUAUUGAGGGAUGCAUUCAUGCGGCUGAGACGCUUGGAGCUUUGCUCUGAACGG